AUGAGUGGUCCGAAAGCCCCCACUGGCCAGUUCACGCUCCUUUACUUCGCUGCCUCGAUGUCUUACACGCAGAAAGAGCACGAGUUCUUCGUGGCACCUCUGCCCGUCACCAAAUUGUUUGAUCAACUUGAAGAGCGAUACGUCGGCAUUCAAGAGAAGGUUCUGUCGAGUAGUGCAGUCACGGUGAACUUGGAUUAUGUGGACGUCGAGGAAGAGGCAGCGAAGGGUACAGAUGGGCUCGUUAUCCGUGAAGGGGAUGAGGUUGCUAUCAUCCCUCCCGUAAGCUCUGGUUGA